GGAGAGUCUAGACAACUCCACUUAAUCAACGAGUCCUCAAAUCUCCAACUCCUUUUUCCUUUCAGUCCAAAAUCAAACACCUGGUGGGUCUUCAUGAUUUCUCCUCAAUCUUUUUCACAUAAUUCAGAAUUACCCAUCAAGACAAAGCCAAGUAGUUUGAUAUUUUUCAAGUUGAUAAUUUUGUAGAGCAGUAGUAAUGAUAUUACCAGUAGCAAAGCUAGGAACACUUGCCUUAAAGACAAUCUGCAAACCCAUUGCUAGACGCAUCAAGAAAGAGGCUACCUUUCACCCUCAAUUUAGAUUGUUCAUCACCAACAUUGCCCAGGCAAACCACAGAUUAACAACAACUAUACAGAGGCAAAUUUAUGGACAUGCGACAGACGUUGCAAUUCGCCCUCUGAAUGAAGAAAAAGCUGUUCAAGCUGCUGCUGACCUGUUGGGUGAACUCUUUGUUUUUGCGGUAGUCGGAGUGGCUGUUCUCUUUGAAGUGCAAAGAAAUGCUAGAUCAGAAGCUAGAAAGGAAGAAAUGCGUAAACAAGAACUAGAGGCAUUGAAGCAACGAGAUGAAGAUUUGUCCAAAGAAGUUGAGAUUCUCAAGUACAAAGUCGUGGAACUGGAGCACCUUGUUAAAGGACGGAGGCAUAAUAUUUUCAGCUUGAGGCAAGGUGAUAGCAUGAAUGACAAAGUUAAAACUUGAUUUAUUGUCGUCUCAUGGCACUAAAAACCUGUACAAUGGGAGUCGAAAUACUCAGAAUGGAAGUUUGACCAGAGAUGCAAAUUUUAGGCAUUUCUGAGGAUCUGUAGCAGCUCUUGCCAAACUAAUAUGUUAAACUGGUGAAGUUCGGUACUUGCAAUAGGGAGCCGAAGCAGAGUUCCUUCUCUUUUGCUCUGCUAUUAGCACAAGCACAUUUAGCUGUACUCUAUUUUAUAGCAUUUUCCUAAUCAACCACCAUCAUCAGCCAUGUUCUUCCUUCCA